AUGGGCACGCGGCCCCUGCCAAUGGCAAUGAACCCUCACCCCUCCGCCUCCCGGAACCCCUAUGGCCACAACGUUGGUGUGACCGACUUUCUGAGCAACGUCUCCCGGUUCAAGAUCAUUGAGAGUACCCUCCGUGAGGGUGAACAGUUCGCCAAUGCUUUCUUUGAUACCGAAAAGAAGAUUGAAAUCGCUAAGGCUCUGGAUGAUUUCGGUGUCGACUACAUCGAACUUACCAGUCCUUGUGCCUCUGAGCAGUCGAGACUUGACUGCGAGGCUAUCUGCAAGCUCGGCUUGAAGGCCAAGAUUCUUACUCACAUUCGAUGCCACAUGGAUGAUGCCCGUGUUGCCGUCGAGACUGGUGUUGAUGGAGUUGACGUCGUCAUCGGCACUUCGUCCUACCUCCGUGAGCACUCUCACGGCAAGGAUAUGACCUACAUCAAGAACACUGCUAUUGAAGUUAUUGAAUAUGUCAAGUCCAAGGGCAUCGAGAUUCGAUUCUCUAGUGAGGACUCCUUCCGUUCUGACCUCGUCGACCUCUUGUCCAUCUACUCCGCUGUUGACAAGGUUGGUGUGAACCGUGUUGGUAUUGCCGAUACUGUCGGCUGCGCUUCUCCUCGCCAAGUUUACGAGCUUGUUCGUGUCCUGAGGGGUGUUGUUGGCUGCGACAUUGAGACCCACUUCCACAACGACACUGGCUGUGCCAUUGCCAACGCUUACUGUGCCCUGGAGGCCGGUGCCACUCACAUUGAUACCUCCGUUCUCGGUAUCGGUGAGCGUAACGGUAUCACCCCUCUUGGUGGUCUCAUGGCUCGUAUGAUGGUUGCCGAUCCUGCCUACGUCAAGGGCAAGUACAAGCUGGAGAAGCUCAAGGACAUUGAAGAUCUUGUGGCCGAGGCUGUUGAGGUCAACAUUCCUUUCAACAACUACAUCACCGGUUUCUGUGCUUUCACCCACAAGGCUGGUAUCCAUGCUAAGGCCAUCCUGAACAACCCCAGCACCUACGAGAUCAUCAACCCUGCCGACUUUGGCAUGACCAGAUACGUUCACUUCGCCUCUCGUCUGACUGGCUGGAACGCUAUCAAGUCUCGUGCUCAGCAGCUCAAGAUUGAGAUGACUGACAGCCAAUACAAGGAGUGCACGGCUAAGAUCAAGGCUCUUGCUGAUAUCCGUCCCAUCGCCGUCGACGAUGCCGACAGUAUCAUCCGUGCUUACUACCGUAACCUCAAGUCGGGUGAGAACAAGCCUCUCCUUGAUCUGACGGCUGAUGAGCAGGCUCAGUUCGCUGCCAAGGAGAAGGAGCUUGCUGCUUCCGGUGUUGUGGCUUAA